GGGCGAUGUGUAGGAGUAAUAGACUUCACGAGGCGAUCACAGGGUUCAUUUUCGUCUUAGUAAUCCUCGAGCGAGCUUUGGCCGGUGACGUUUUCUACAACCCUCGGCAACACCCACCCUCUACAUUCUGUCCAAACACCAAUUGAAGCCUCACGACAGACCAUCUGCACCAUGGCGUCCUCAAGAUUAGUUGCUCGCUCAUCGCGCGCUCUCCUCUCCCUCCCGCGCACCCAAUGCCGCACGUUCAGCAUCUCCACUAUCCGUAGCAAUGAGUUUGAAGCUCUCAACAAGCGCACAAACGACACUUCCGAGACGUACCGCAAAUACCAGAUCGAGAGACCUUUGAACCCUCACCUGACCAACACCACAUCUACCAUUGCCAACGAGAUGCCUUCAAUUGGCAACGACGCAGCCCCGCCCGAGUUGAUCACCAACGCCGACGCCAAAUUUACACCUAAAGAUUCUGUGCCUGAAAAUACCGAGCGCAUGACAGGCGGUACACAGGGCAGCAAGGACCAAGACGUCAGCGGAGCGAACAGCGAAUUGGGUGUUGGCGAGAUGGAGGGCGCCAAGUUCAAGGUCGAACCUAUCCGCAGGACUGGCGAGGACGCGAACACCAUGCGUGCGAGGUUAUUAUAUCAGAGCCGCAAGAGGGGAACCCUAGAAAGUGAUCUCCUCCUCAGCACCUUCGCCGACGCUCACCUAAGCACCAUGUCUCCUUCUCUGAUGCAGCAAUACGACACCUUCCUCGACGAGAACGACUGGGAUAUUUACUACUGGGCGACUCAAGAACCCACACCUACGUCUCGCGAGACAGCCGAGGGCGGUGGCGCUGCAAUGUCUAACCCCAAUGCACAGGGUAUGGACGCGACGGCACAGACGAAGCUGCCUGAGAAGGACGAGCGCAAGAGACAACCUGGCGAGGGCGAAUGGGCGCAGACUGUUGGAACUUUCAAGCCUGCGUAUAGACCCGUGCCUAGCAGGUGGAAGGGCAGCGAGAUCCUCAGCUUGCUCCGGAAGCACGUCAAUGAGCGCAAAGCAGGAGGUGUCAUCGAAGGCGAGGGCACAACAAAACAGGAAGGAAAGGGUCUUGGUAUGAUGCCUGAGAUCAAGAACUUCGACCAGUAAACCAGAAAUCGCGCCUUUGUCACCACAUCCUGUAGGUUUGCUGUAUAAAUAAUGCCCAUAACUGCCCCUCUUCUUUCUCUCC